AUGGUGAGCAAGAGCAAACAAUCCAACAAGGAAAUUGUCGUUGAGGAUGAACACUUCAUCCCAGUCGAACCAUCCGAACCAAUCCUCCCUCUCAACGAACUCGGUUCAAGAUUGGGCAAGGCAGACAAUGAAAAGUGGACAGGCUGCAAAGUUGUAGCAGACAAGGAAACUGGUGAGAAGGUUCUACUCGUCAGAGGUAUUAAAAACAAGGAGAAGGAUCGUAGUAAGAGAAUGGUCAAGAAGGGUGGUGAAUUUGAUCCUGAAAAUAUUGUCUCAGGCACCAGAAGAAGAAAGAAUAUUAAUUAUAAGGAAAAUACCGAAAGAAAGGAAAGCAGAAAGACUAGCAGCAAGAAUACCCAUGAAAAUAGAUCAAAGGCUGUUGCAAAGACUUCAAAGAAAAAGUCAACCUCCAAGAAGAGAAAGGCAAAGGAAGAAGAACAUUCCGAAGAAGAAGAAGAACACGAUAAGGAAAAUAUUGAAAAUCAACAAGAAGAAGAUGAAGAAAUUGUUCAAGCUCCAAAGAGAACUAGAAAGAAUAGAAAGAAUGUAUCUGUCAAGAAGGAAGAACCUAAGGAAGAAGAGCCAAAGGAACCUGAAUGGACACUUCCACUCUCUCCUGUCGUUUGUCAAUUGAUUCAAAAACUUGGUGGUGAAUUGCCAACUGAAGCUAAGAAGCGUUGUUAUAAGGGUAUUAGACUCUCAGAACCAGUUAAUUAUUGGUGUGCUGUCAAGUGGCCUGAAGAUACUCUUUAUGUUAUGGAUCCUGCCAAGACUAAUGGUGAAACUGUUGGUCUCUUUAAACAUGAAUUGUUUGAAUUGACUGAAAUUGAACAAAUACAAUAUGUUCAAGACAAUCCAAAUGCUGUCAUGCUUGCUGAUGGUGAAGGUCUCCUUACUUGUUUACCAGAUGAAUCUAAUGAUCCUGAUUUUAAUGUUCAUAUCAUUCUUGAAGCUACUGAAGGUGCUGAUGAAUGUGUUUUCCGUAUGAAACUCUCUGAAUACCUUGCUUCGUUGUCUGUUGAUCCAAGAAAGGUGGAAAAUUAA